AUGACCGACCGAUAUAUAUACAUGAAGAAAAUUGGUGUUAUUGGUGCGAUAUGGAUAAUAAGAAAUAUAAAUGUUCUUCUGAAAAUACUCGUAUUUGGUUCGAAGAAUCUGAUUAUUGUGAAAUUUGUUAUAUGUUAAAAUCGUAUUGUUAUUGUGGUGCUAUUGUUGGAUGGAGGUGGGAAGAUGUCGAGUAUAAAUGUUACAAUUGGUGUAAAUACCGCGACGAAGUUGAAAAGUUAAGUACUACAGAUAGGUCAAAAUUAACUGAAGAAUGGAAAAUGGAAAAAAUCGAAUGUUCAAUUUGUUCAACAAAAAAGCGGAUUAAAUAUCAUUCUAAGGGACAAUGGUGUCCAAAGUCUAAAGAACAGAUUUGGAAUGAUUGGUG